UAGAGCUCUCUGUCUUGCUUGGGCUGCUGCAAUAGAAAACUUGUGGUGGCUGUCUCUGACUAAAAAUGCCCGUAGUCCGGGUUCCAGUGGUGCACAGGUUUGGUAUUGUGUCUGUGUCUCGUGCGGAGCAGCUCCUGCGGGAAGGUCAAAGAAACAACACAGACAAACACCCGCCCGCGACUUCACGACCUGUCGUGAAAAACACCGCACCUACGAAGAUAUCUCAAUCCUUUAUCGAGAAGUACAAUAAAGCAUCAGACAAUGAGAGAGGCAAACUGGACAGAAUCGUGCAGAGAACAUUCCUACAGGCAAAGUACAAGACAGGUCUGCACAAGUCUCAGGGAGGAGGAGAGAGAGGUGGGCGCAGGGAAACAACAGCA